UUGAUUCAUUGGCUUCACGGCUCGGGGUGUCCUUCGUGUCUGAUAGACCCACUCGCGGACUCAGAGCGAGCAAGACAGGUGUCGCAAUGGGCAAGAACAUCGUUGAUAUCACCUUAUACAAGCCUAAAGCAUUGAUGAACAUUUCCGGCAAGCCAGUCGCUGAGGCUCUUCACACCCUCUCCAUAUCGCCAUCAGAAACUAUCGUGAUCCACGAUUAUCUGGACCACAGGCCCAUGUCAGUCUCUCCGAAGUCCGGGGGCUCUGCCGGUGGACACAACGGUAUCCGCAGUAUCAUCGCCGCGCUGGGUAACAACAUGGACUUUUACCGUUUGAGGAUUGGCAUUGGACGGGACGAUACCGAUCCGGCAGACUAUGUCUUGAGCCCACUCUCUACCGCUGAACUUGAGUUCUGGGGUCCAGACGGGCAGGGCAUUGAUCUUGUGUGGAAAGAGGUUACGAAGAUCUGCGCAGGACUCCGAUAAAGCAUACCAUGGAGGUGAAUGAAUGUCACUGCUCAGCUGAAGUCCCUUGUUCGAGGCGACAGAUGUGUCAUCUUCAGGAUCAGACAAGGGCUCUUUCGGUCGCAUAAAGGUACACUUCUCGGCUGUUAUCUGAAGUUCCCAUAUCCCACCAGUUCUCCUUUGUCUCUAGUCAGCUUCCCCGAGGAUUACAGGGAAAGAAAGAAUGCGAAC